AUGUGUUGAAGGCAGGAAGUAAUAUUCCAACACAUGUUUGAUCAUUUCGUAAAGAAAUUAAAAAUCUUGCGAAUCUUUAAAGUUUUACUGCCUUUUAAUGUGCUGAAAAUUGUUAUUUUAGUGUUGUGUUGGCGAAUGUAUUUGAGCAGGUUGUGAUGUCUGCCAGCGGUGCGUGUGUUCUGCGUGGUGUGUCACUGUGCUCACCAGUGGGUGAACUUGUGCUGAGUGGCUGUGACAGGGGAGUACACAGCAUUGACAUCAAAGUGGGAACAGAAAACAAGGAGAGUGUACUCUCUGAUGGCCAGUCAGAAAUGAGCCCUGAGUUACAGCGGUGUGUUGACUGGAUUCAGUGCUACUUCAUCAACCCUGAGUCUGUUGGCUCUCUCCCUCUACCUGCCUUACACCAUCCACUGCUGCAGAGUGACUCUUUUACUGCACAUGUGCUGUGGACUCUGUUUAAGGAAGUAGGACUUGGUAAAACUGUCUCCUACAAGCAGCUUGCUGAAAUGUCAGGAAAUCCAAAGGCUGUGCGAGCUGUUGGCGGAGCGAUGAGGAGAAACCCAAUUCCUCUGAUAGUGCCGUGUCAUCGGGUGUUGUGUAGCUCAGGGCAAAGUGGACGAUACAUGGGAGGAAAAGGAGAUGAUAUCAAAGUGUGGUUGCUCACUCAUGAGAAAAAAGCUUUGGAGUCAACCUGAUAUACCCCCAAUCACUUCAUUCACUCUGCUUCUGUUUAUUCAAAGAAAGAAAGAAAAAAUGUUUUCUCUUAAGUCUGAUUUUGAGUUUGAGACCAUGACUGUCUAGUGAUUGGAGAACUGAUGCUCCAUUUGAGCAAACAGAUUCUUUGUCAGAGUACAUUGUAUACUGCUAGGAGCAAGAUGUUUAGAAUUUUGUGAAACUGCUGACAGGUAAAGAGUUGUUAUGCUGUUUGUAUGUUGUUCAGGUUAUCAAAGAUAUAUUGAUAUUGUUAAAAUGUUAUUGAUUAAUUAGUUUUGCUGGUGCUUGUGUAUAAUGGAGCUGUUUUUUGUUGUUGUUGUUUUGAGUAAUCUGAAUGAUUAUGCAAAUUGUAUAUUUUGAAUAAAAUGUUUUCUCUAUUUUAAAUGUUAGAUUUUUGUAGCAAGUUAUUUUGCUGCUGCUUCU